AUGCUUCAACCCGCAACGAUAUCGAGCCCUAGCCCUGCUCCCGCCGUCGUCUCAUCACCCGUAACCCCAAAGACCCCAAGGCAGCAGAACAGAAAGAGCGCCAUCACUGUAGGCCUUCAAAACCAGAAUCAGAACCAGACUGCCUCUACCCAGCAAUCCUCUGGUCGCUCCAACAACCGUCAGCCACGUAAUCCCGCCCAAACUCACGCCCGCCAUCAGUCCAUGCCCGCCCAACAGCGGUCCUCGUCUGGCACUCCUUCCGCCAGCAGCUCCCCUAACACCAACAACAACACCAAGGGUAACAACAACAGCAGCACGAACAAUGUGACAAUCUUGAAACGCUCCUCUGCCACCGUGGCCGCCCCUGCCCCAACCCCUAUCGUUUCAGGCAUUCAGCUCCUCCAGAGCCCUUCGCCAAAGCACCAGCACCAGCAGCGAAACCAAAAGCCCCGCUCCCAGGGUCAAGGUCAGUCGCAGCAGAACAACAACAACAAUGGCUCACCUGCAAAGCAGAGAUCGCGCAAGGGCCGUAGGGACAUUGACACCUCCGGUUCCGAGUCCAUGGCCAAGGCCGACGCUGCCGACGCUGCUUUGAACGAGAGCAGCCCUACUCUCAACCCCUCAAGCCCUCCCUCUUCGACUGAUUCGGAUGACUCCGAGUCUGCGACCUCCCACCCUACUCACCGCUCCCACAAGGACUCGCAGCGUCGCCAGAACGGUCAAUUCCCUAAAGGAUACGGGGGGGUCCUCUCUGUCAGCCCUCCUCAGCGCCCCAGUUCAGCCCCUGUGGUGCCGCAGCUUCGCAAAGGGUAUGUCGAUGAUGACGGACUCCGACUCACCGAUAUGUCCGUCGGAAGCACACGCCGCAGCGAAGGAAUCAUGGCUACGCCGCAGAAGCAGCACAACCAUUACCAACAGCAGCAGUACGGAAGCCGCAAGCCCAGCUUUGGCUCGGCUUCGGCAUUCCCCACGGAUAUGGGAGACGGCCUUCUUCGUCCUAAUGUCACCAAGGCUACAUCGGCCGACAAGAUCAUGUUGGCAGACCGCGUUGCUGCGGAGAAGAAGAGCACCCUCUAUGCUGGACCAACCUUCCACAACUCGCCCGCUCCCACCAGCCUCCCCAUCCCUGCAUUUGCUCGCUCAUGGGGCAACAGCCCCGUUGAACCUGCAGUCGAAAAGUUGCCUGCUUCGCCCUUCUUUGCCGAGGCUUCUUCUCCUCAGUUGAACAGCCUUCGCCCUCAGCGAACUCAGUCCGAGACCAGUGGAUGGACCGCUCACCACUCCAUGCCAGCCCACAGCUUCAACAUGGGCUUCAACUACCAGGUCCCCGAACGCAUGGCAACUUCAGGAUACCCCAUGGAUGGACCCUCGAUGCAUGGAACCGAUGAGCUGAUGGAGAUUAGCCAGAACAUCCGCAACUUGCUGAAGAUUCCGAGUCAGUAA